AUGUCCUCCCCUGUAGAACUCAUUCCUGCCUCCUUUGUGCUGCCCCUUAUGCCUGUGGCUUUAAGCUGCCUCCGUGGGAAGACCAAGAAGCAUCUGAGCUUGAUCCCCCUCUUUGUAUUUAUUGGAGCUGGAGGUGGUGGAGCAGCCCUGUAUCUCUUGCGUUUGGCAUUGUUCAAUCCAGAUGUUUGUUGGGACAAAAAGAAUAACCCAGAGCCCUGGAACAAACUGGGUCCCAAUGAUCAAUACAAGUUCUACUCUGUGAAUGUGGAUUACAGCAAACUGAAGAAAGAACGUCCAGAUUUCUAAGUGAAAUGUAAAGCUGCUUUAAAAUGAAGGUCUUCCAGAAGCCAUCCGCACAAUUUUCCACUGAACCAGGAAAUAUUUCUUCUCUAAAUGCACGAAAUCAUGUUCAUGUAAUCUAUUGGUGAUUACACUGGUUAAUAAAUAACUGAAACUU